AUGACACCCUCUAAGGCAGAAUUCGGGAGUGAGGUUGCCUCGUUUUAUGCAACCAGCCUGUUUCUAUUCAAACGAGACCGACAACAUAAAAGCAACCUAUUUUUCCUGUACACUAGUGGAUGUCUAAAUCUAACUCAAGGAGAUUUUGAAGACAUUGCCCAAGAGCGAAAUCGGUUGGCUAAUGAAGGUGGAAUGGAAGGAGUGCUGCUCUGCGAGGUGUCGAAGAAAGCCAAUACAUGUUUGUGCACAGACUCAUCCCUUUGCAACAAUGUGAGCAUACCCUCGCCUUUCAGCGAAUUUGACACGUCUACUUUGUUCUAUCGCUUACGCUUUCAAGAAAUGCUACACUUUCGGAUGUUCAUACCGGACGAGCCGGUUCUUCGUCAUUCCGAUAUCGAUGAACUCGACCGGUUGCUUAGCUAUUAUAUUCCCGAGUACACAAAGGCAACAGUCACUUCUUCCACGUCAUUUUUGUACGUUUGGAUUUUUUCAAGAUUGUUCCUGUUUCGUUGA